CUUUUUAAUAAGUGACCAGAUCACAGGAACUUUCGCCUUUUCUUCCUCGCCGAGAGACUAUGCCUGUCCCGCAGCUUCACGAUCACUAUAACAUCGUGAUAUAGCUCGUCCUCCCGUUCUCACCAUGAGACUACUGCUUUUGACGGGGCUCGUCCUCACAGUAUGUAGGUCCUCUGAGGCCCAACUCAACUCCACGGCAGUGGGCAACAACUCCGUACCAACAUACUCUGCGGUGCCCCAACUUCCAAGAAACUCGUCUUCGGUGUUGGAGCCCCUUUUCCAACCUCACUCGAACAAUACGCCCGUCUUCAAGAAUGAGGCCAUCAUCAAACAUCUGACUGAAAAUCCCGGUGCAAGACUGGACCACCUGGACCUUGCUUCGUUGAAAAAACGGCAGGACAACGGUCUCCCCGUAGGCACUUGCGCGCCUGGUAUUCCUUGCUCCAACGGCGCGUGUUGCAGCGACACUGGGGUCUGUUCAUACGCCCCCACGAGUUGCGGUGCCGAUGUGUGCAUAUCCAACUGCGACGCGAAAGCUCCUUGCGGGCAGUACGCAGUUCCUGAGACAGCGUCAUGUCCCCUGAACGUGUGUUGCUCAAAGCAUGGCUUUUGUGGCAGCACCGAUGACUUCUGUGGCGAUGGAUGCCAGGAAGGCUUUGGAGGCUGCGGACCGCCGCCCACUCCUCAAUGUUCCGGUAGCUCGGCCAUGGCCCGACGCAUUGGCUAUUAUGAGAGUUGGGCAACGACUCGACCCUGCGAUGUGGUCCAGCCAGAAGACUUGCAACUGACGGGCAUGACACACCUCAACUUCGCCUUCUCCUUCUUUGACCCAACAACGUUCCAGAUCACGCCCAUGGAUGCGAAUGCAGCGUCGCUGCUAUCACGGUUCACUGCACUCAAAUCCAAGCAGCCAGGAUUGCAGGUCUGGCUCUCAGUCGGUGGAUGGUCGUUCAACGAUGCCACCAAUACUCCUAAUACCCAGAACGCUUUCAGUGAUAUGGCUGGUUCUGCUGCAAACAGGCGAGCCUUUAUUAACUCGCUGCUCAACUUCAUGCAGACAUAUGGCUUCGACGGCGUCGACCUUGACUGGGAGUAUCCCGUGGCCGAUGACAGAGGCGGAAAACCGGCCGACUUUGCCAACUUUCCCACCUUCCUCUCUGAACUGAGAGCCUCAUUCGGCAGUGCCCUCGGUAUAAGUGCCACACUACCGUCUUCUUACUGGUACCUGCAGCACUUUGAUCUUCUCAGCAUGGAGCCUCAUCUGGACUGGCUCAACCUGAUGAGCUAUGAUAUCCACGGUGUUUGGGACUCGACCAACAAGUUCACGGGGCCGUACAUCCGUCCGCACACCAACCUUACCGAGAUAGAGGACGGCCUUUCCUUACUAUGGCGUGCCGGUGUCAGCCCGUCCAAGGUCGUGCUCGGUCUCGGCUGGUACGGCCGCUCCUUCACGCUGACCGACCCGGCCUGCAACAUCCCCAACGGCGUCUGCCAAUUUUCCUCUGGGGGUACGGCCGGCGAGUGCUCGCGGUCAUCCGGAACACUGACCAACGCCGAGAUCAAGCGGAUUCAGGCCUCGGGCGGUGUUGUUGAAUCAUAUGACGCUGAAGCGGCCGUGAAGUGGAUGACUUGGGAUUCGAACCAGUGGAUCAGCUACGACGACGGCGUGACUAUGCAGCAGAAGAUGGAGAGAGCCAACAGCCUGUGCUUAGGAGGCAUCAUGAUUUGGGCGUUGGACCAGGAUAACAAGGCCGGCGAUAGUAUGAGCGACCUCCUGGGCAUCGGACCGGCCAACGGCAUCUCGACAGAGGCUGCCCAGUCAUACAAAGAGCAAUUGGCCAACGCAACGCUCCAACAGGCCAUUGCAUCCAGCUGUUACUGGUCUCUGUGUGGCGAGGGGUGCCACACAGGUUACUUUGGGACCACCGAAGCCCGCGGCCAGGUCGCGGGUGUCCAGAAGAACUCCAUCUGCGCCUUGGGAGAGACCCAGACUCUCUGUUGCGCCCCCGGCACCACGAUGGGCACCUGUAAGUGGGAGGGCUUUCGCGGAAUCGGCUUCCCCUGCUCUCCGGCGUGUAGCGACGCAAAGGCCACUAUUGUGGCGCGCAACAGCAAUUCCUAUCAAGACAAUGAAGGGGGUCAGCUGGCUGAUCUGACCUGUACUGGUGGCUAUCAGGCUUACUGUUGUACGGGAUUCGUUCCUUCGUCCAUCACCAACGCGGGCAACCUUGUGCUGUACGGCCAGAACGGCGACGAGGUCAGCAAGCGCGAUCUCAUCACAGGCGAACUCGCCCUGAUUCAAGAACGCGGCCUCGUCCUCCAGGAGCGUGGCGCCCCCCUCCUACUCGGCGGCCUUGGCGCUCUCUGUCUGGAAGCAGCUACUCCUCUGCUCGCCUUAGCGCCCUUCACGUUUGGUCUAUCUGCCGCCAUCGAGGGUGCCAUCUGCGCUGCCGCCGCACUUGCCGCACUCGCCGUAGGCUUCGCCAUCAUCUCUUCUAUAGCCGGUUGGCUCUUUGGCUCAUCCCCGUCUCAGCCCAACACCGGUGUCCCAACCACUAUCGCCGGGAGAGCAUCUUAUGGGCAAUGGCCGAUCCUAGACUUUGGCGGAGCUGCCACGUCUACCAGCUGCGACUGUUCCGUCACCUAUACGUGCCGUUACGGCAUGGGUUGGGACGAGGUCUGCGAUAACCAGCGCUGGGCGAUUAACAAGAAACUUGGCGGCCAGACUGUCUUCCAUCCCUUCUCGUCGGGAGGCGGCGUCAACAGGGCGUACUCGGGCUGGGCAUCAACGGCGACACAGCGGCACGCUGCCUAUCGCACGCUUGUUCAGGGUUCUAAUCGGCCUGAUCCUGCCCGGUGUCAGCUUGAUGAGUUCCCUAUGGCCAACCUUCGCGAGUCUGGUAAUGGAGCUCCGCAGGCCUGCCGUCUGGUUAAUAAACAAGCGAACGGAGCACAAGGAAGGGAUUACUUAGCGUGGAAGAGGGCGCAGUGGGUGCCUUGCUUCAGAUACCGGAGGGACGUCUGCCGCAUUCAAGACAAUGGGCCACCGGCUACAUGGAAGUUCAAUCAAUUGAGUGGUGGUCGCGGCCCCGGCAGUGGAAAACGCUUCAUCGAUGCCUUCGGAUUCGACCUGCAGACGCCUGGCUCGCUGUGCUUCGCCUCGUACACUUAUACCCGGGUAGCAGGUGCUAUCGAGAACACAAUGAUCACUGAUCAUGGCUUCCGCGUGCUCGACGAUGACCCCAUGUACGAUCGUGCGUACGGCUGGCCCCGGCAGUCUUAUAGAACCGAUCCAGCUCCAAUCAACGGACCCCGCCCUUACAAUCUCCAGCCUGGCAUCUUCCAGAGAGACCUAGCUGUGUCCAGCAACACUACUGAAAACGCUACGGAUAACAUGGUCUGUCACGUCAACCUCGGUGACGGCCAGGGUUCCAAUAGUGUCGAUGCUGAACUAGAUUACGACAAUCUCCUAUUCCUUGACGGGGAUGGUAACCAAGUCGACGGACGAACUUGCGGUGUCAUCUACGACGAUCGGGAUGAGGAACAAUUACACAUCGUAGUCGAUGCAGACGGCAAUGUCGUUGACAUGUACACGGAUGAUGAAGCCAUCGCCGAUGCGUGGUCCAGCGCUGACCCUGUGGCGGAUAGCAGCAUCGUCACAGUCACCGCCGAGACUGCGACGGUGACUGCGGCAGCGCAGCCAGGCAACGGAGAGCCUACCCUUCCCAUAAGCACCAUGGUGACGGCGACGAGAAUGGGAAGCGUGAUGACGCUUGCACCGUCCUAGGUCCGAGGCUACCAAUUCAAGAUAUGCAGUUCAUGUAGCAUUGUAUUUGAGAUGGGCAGAUGGGCAUCCCCCUUCGCUGCCUUUUGUGAGAGAGAUGAAGGUCGUAAGAGGCGCUGCUUCGGAUACUAUCUAAGAAUAUUUAGAAUGGUACUAUUCUACUUUGGAUCAAAUCCAUCGUAUUUUGUAAGUAU